GGCAUGCAUCAGUUGCAGUUGCAGUUGUAGCUGUUGGAGUGUCCUUAAUUACAAGGUGGUCGUUAGUGGGCGACCAGCUAUCACACUGUCGGCAGGAUAUCCUGUUGCUUAUCGUUGCUGUGUGCGGAUGUGCAGUUUCGAUGUAUUGUUUUCGGGAGCAGCUGUGUUUGGUUAUAAACUGCAGCAAUUUUUUAAAAGCCACACAUAGUAACAUUUUUAUUAAUAUUUGACAAAGUCAAUAUGUACACGGAAGUUGUUGACGACAUACAGAGAAGAAGUCACGGUCUUAUUGCCUGCAGAUUUAGCAACAAAUUAUUGCUUUUUGGAUUUGUGACUUUGUAUUCAGUUUUCUUGUGCUUUGAGACAAUGUAUCCCCGGUGCAGGACUCGGUAGUGGUGUAUUAGCUUGCAGCUGUUUGGAGUGUGGAGCGUUGUCUAGAAGAGGAGUCAUUGUAUGUCAAUUUGGGGGAGUAUUCUGUACUGAUCAGUGUACCUACCGCAGAGUCCGGGCCAAAAGUCUUACGAGCUGUCGGCACGGGAGCAUAUGAGCAUGGCGUGGCACACACUGUUCAUGUGCUGUACCCAAGCACGAGCGUAGGAAACCAACAAAAUGAUAUACAGUGAAGAAUGGAAUGUAAUCAACAAUGGUGUACGAUAAAAAAUGAAAGGAAACUAAACAAAUGGAAAAGGAAAUGAAUUUAACAUACGUUGGACCUUAUUGUGCCCAGUUCCCAUUAGCAAAAUAUUGAAUACAACAUUCUGAAGAAGUCAAACACUAACGAAGAAUGCAACACGGGGUUCAAGGCCAGAAGUUUAUCCACAGGAAGUAAGGAGAGCCAAAUGAAGAUUAUUAUGAACACAUGACAAAAAAAAACAGUCAACUUUCUUGAAACCAAAGGGAGAUGCAUUUGAUGAAGUUAUGUGUACAUUUCAGUUAGUGGAACUCAUUUAAACUCACCGACCAAAAAAAAAUCUACCAAGUGGACAGUUUUGUUUAACAGAUACACACGUUAGCAUCCUUGUGAUGAAUGUUUUAAGAACAGCUGAUGUGUAACAGAGCCGUACAUUGCUCUGCCUACGGUUUGGUUAUGCCUUUCCGUCACAAACAACUGGUGUUCGUAGCACUAUGGAGCUCAGUUUGGAAGACUUCUGGUUCAUAUAUUGUAUGUAAUUACAAUAUGGAAAACACACAAUGAGCUGAUGGACUGAGUCGGAGUCGGCACCAUGACGAAGCGGUUUGAGUUCAACUGGCACAUCCCGGUGCCGGAGCCCCUGGUGCAGGGCUGCGUGUUCGACCGCUGGACCGAGGAGAAGGACUCCACAGACCUGGAGACGGGCUGCUCCUUCAAGGUGGACGAGUACGGCUUCUUCAUCUACUGGAAGAGCGAGGGACACGACGGGGAUGUCAUCGAGCUGUGCCAAGUGAGCGACGUGCGGGCUGGCGGCGUGCCCAACAAGGACCAGAAGCUGCUGAUGAACCUGCAGCAGAAGCACGGAGACAACCUGGAGGAGAAGUCUCUGACCAUCUGCAGCGGCACGGACUACAUCAACAUCAACUACCAGCACGUGGUGUGUCCCGACGCGGAGACUGCCAAGAUCUGGCAAGAGGGUUUGCGCAAGAUCACACACAACAACAAGAUGAACAACGUUUGUGUCAGGACUAACCUCAUGAAACAUUGGAUGCGGCUGGGCUUCCUCAGCGACGCCAGGGGGAAGAUCCCCGUGAAGGUGGUGGCCAAGACCUUCGCCUCCGGCAAGACGGAGAAGCUGGUGUACCAGUGCCUGUCGGAGCUGGAGCUGCCGAGCGGCAAGAAUGAUGUCAUCGAGCCAACAGACUUCACUUUUGAUAAGUUCUACACACUGUACCACAAGCUCUGCCCUCGGAACGACAUUGAAGAACUUUUCCAGUCCAUAACCCAAGGGAAAGCUGAUUCUGUGAACAUUGAUCAGUUCAUCAACUUCCUCAAUGAGAAGCAGAGAGAUCCUCGCCUGAACGAGAUCUUGUAUCCGCUGUACGACGAGAAGCGAGCCACCGAGAUCAUACAGACGUACGAGCAGGACGAGACGGCACGUAGCGAGAAGAAGCUGACGAAGGACGGCCUGAUUCGGUACCUGAUGUCCGACGAGAACGCUCCCGUGUUCCUGGACCGACUGGACUUCUACAUGGACAUGGACCAGUCCCUGGCUCACUACUACAUCAACAGCUCGCACAACACGUACCUGUCGGGCCGCCAGUUCGGGGGCAAGUCCUCGGUCGAGAUGUACCGCCAGGUGCUGCUGGCCGGCUGCAGGUGCGUUGAACUGGACUGCUGGGACGGCAAGGGCGACGACGAAGAGCCGAUCAUCACCCACGGGAAAGCCAUGUGCACCGAUAUCUUGUUCAAGGACGUGAUCUACGCCCUGCGGGACACGGCCUUCGUGACGUCGGACUACCCGGUGAUCCUGUCCUUCGAGAACCACUGCUGCAAGGCCCAGCAGUACAAGCUGGCCAAGUACUGCAACGACAUCCUGGGCGACCUGCUGCUGAAGGAGCCCCUGCCAGACUACCCCCUGGAGCCCGGCGCGCCGCUGCCGCCGCCCAGCCUGCUCAAGAGGAAGAUCCUCAUCAAGAACAAGCGCCUGAAGCCGGAGGUGGAGAGGCAGGAGCUGGAGCUGUUCCUGCAGGGCCAGUUCGUGAUCGAGGACGAGGAGAAGGAGGACGCCUCGGCGCCCGUGCCGGCCAAGAAGGACGGACCUGUGCUGCAGGACGUCCCGGACAGCGUGGAGGCCCCCGUGCCGGACGGCGUGGAGGCCCCGGUGCAGGUGCAGUACACCGGCUCCACCACCAACGUGCACCCCUGGCUGUCCUCCAUGGUCAACUACGCCCAGCCCAUCAAGUUCCAGGGCUUCGAUGUGGCCGAGCAGAAGAACAUCCACCACAACAUGUCGUCGUUUGCGGAGGUGACGGGGUUGGGGUACCUGAAGUCGCACGCCAUCGAGUUCGUGAACUACAAUAAGAGGCAGAUGAGCCGCAUCUACCCCAAGGGCACGCGCGCGGACUCCUCCAACUACAUGCCUCAGGUGUUCUGGAACGCCGGCUGCCAGAUGGUGUCGCUGAACUUCCAAACAUCCGACCUGCCGAUGCAGCUGAACCAGGGCAAGUUCGAGUACAACGGCAACUGUGGGUAUCUGCUGAAGCCCGACUUCAUGCGGCGGGCGGACCGCAGCUUCGACCCUUUCGCCGACGCCCCUGUGGACGGCGUCAUCGCCGCCCAGUGCUCCGUGCAGGUGAUAGCCGGCCAGUUCCUGUCGGACAAGAAGGUCGGCACGUACGUGGAGGUGGACAUGUACGGGCUGCCCACGGACACCAUCAGGAAGGAGUUCCGCACGCGGCUGGUCCCGUCCAACGGCUUGAACCCCGUCUACAACGAGGAGCCGUUCCUCUUCAGGAAGGUGGUGCUGCCGGACCUGGCCGUGCUGCGCCUCGGCGUGUACGACGACAACGGCAAGCUGCUGGGGCAGCGCAUCCUGCCCCUGGACGGCCUGCAGGCGGGCUACCGGCACAUCUCGCUGCGCACCGAGGCCAACUUCCCCAUGUCCCUGCCCAUGCUCUUCUGCAACAUCGAGCUCAAGAUAUACGUGCCGGACGGCUUCGAAGACUUCAUGGCCGCGCUGUCGGACCCGCGGGCCUUCCUGUCCGCGCAGGAGAAGCGCGCGCAGCAGAUGAAGGCGAUGGGCAUCGAGGAGACGGACAUCGCGACCAAGGACCUGGUGGGGGGCGAGGAGGCGGGGGACAGCAAGAAGGGCAACAAGGCCAACAAGGGCGGCCAGACGGGCGCCAGCGCAGAGCCCAAGAAAGUGGAGGACAUGAAGUUCGACCCGGUGACGGUGGACACGCUGCGAGUGGAGAAGGCGUUCCAGAAGGCGCAGCGCAAGCAGCAGAAGGAGCUGGAGGCGAUGCGCAAGCGCCAGCAGAAGGAGCAGCUGGCCAUCCAGAAGCAGCAGACGGCAGCCAUCGAGAAGCUCAUCAAGGGCAAGAACAAGGCGGAGCUGGCCUCGGACCCGGCGGUGCGCAAGCUGGUGACGGAGCAGACGCUGCAGUGGUCCGACAUGGUGGAGCGCCACCGCAAGGAGGAGUGGGAGACCAUGCACAGCCAGCUGGUGGAGCAGCAGGACCUGCUGCGUCGCCUCAUGGAGCUGGCGCAGGCGUCCCAGCUCAAGCAGGUGGAGGCCAAGCACGAGAGGGAGAUCAAGGAGAUGAACACUCGGCAGGCCAAGAUCUCGGUGGAGACGAUGAAGGAAGUGGCCGGCGACAAGACACUGCGCACCAAGGCGGAGAAGGAUCGCCGCCUCAAGGAGAAGAAGCAGAACAACACGAAGAAGUUCAUGGAUGAGAGGAAGUACGCGCAGAUGAAGCAGGGCAAGGAGAAGGAGAAGCUGAAGGCCAAGCACGAGAAGGAGAUGGAGGAGUUGAUGCGCGACAUGCAGAACCUGAUCGAAAUGUACAAGAAUGAAGAGAUAGAGUACGAGCUUGCUCCCAAGACGGAGUUCUUCGCCUGAGCGUCCGUCACUGCUGCCGUCGCGGAAGUUACCAUUGCCUGCCCGUCGCCCCGUGCUCUGUCGUGAUCACGCCAGCAGCCUCUCGUGUAUUCUAGUCAGUUAGUUGCCCAGCCAGUCGUGCGUUGACCGCCCGUACCCGCCCGUACCCAGCAACUAGUUCUGGUUUCAGCUUAUCAAUUAAUAUCUCAUUUUGUUGAGGAAUCAAUUCACUGUAUUAUUUGAUUCCACAGUUAAGUAAGAGAGCAUUAGCAUAUUUAUACUAUCAUUAUCAUUAUUGUUGAGCGAACUGUGAUGAUCAAUAUUGAUACAUUUAUGGUAUAUUCAUAUUCAAUUGUGUGUAUAUGAAGAAAUAUUUUAUAACAUACUGCUCUAAAAUUGCUAGAUUACUUCAUUUAUUUAAAACAAAAACAUAGCAAUGAGCUAAACAUUUUAUUUAUUAUAUUACUCCAUUUACACAUACUGCAUUCACUCAAAUCUUACGAUACGUUUAUUAAAACCCUGUGUUUUAUGCCCAAGAUUGGAGUUGUCUGCAUUUUGGACAUUAAAAAAACCUUCUAGCAUUAAUCGACAAAGCCACUUUUUGACUUGUUUGUCCACAAUUCAGGGUUUUGAGUGACUCCUCACUCCUGCAGAUGAGGACUUGUCAUUUAUCAGUUCUGGCAAGGUGAAAGUGCAGGAAAGCGCGUUAUUCUAAACUUUGUUUGAUUGCGUUUCAAAGUAGAGCAUUGUUGUCCAGUUGCUGCCAACAGUUGUACAGGCGGCAGUGAAGUAGCGGUCAGCUCUACAGCUCUGCCGUGGGAGACGACGCCAGCGUAGCGUCGUAGCAUAGUCCUUCGAGUCUUCACGUCAGAGAUGUGUAGUGCAUGCCACAAAGGGUGGAUUCGAAUUUAAGUUCCUCAGUGAAAUUUGCAAACAGAAUAUUAUAGAUAUUUGACAUUCCUAUUGCUGGGUUGAUGCGUUGUCUUAGGUCUGGGUGAAUACAGUGACGUCCUCUAUGUAUUAUACAGUAACCUAACGAGCCUGCAAUUAGUAGUCGUGUAAAAUGUUGGCCGUGUCCUGUGACGUGAAGUCUAGUCACCAAGCCUACUUGCCAUCGCAGUUCUGCUUCGUAGUCAGUUAGGGACAAUCGCAGUGAAACUUGAUUUCAAAUUCAUUAGAUCCAGGGUUUUCAUGAAUCUCAUUUUAAAAAUAAUUUAUUUUUGUAAAAUAAUUUGACUUUAUUAAGUAGGAAAUAAAUUUUGUGAUUAUAUCUAUUUAUUGAACUAUAAUGGGCUCUUAACAUAACAUUGUACCUAAAAUAACCAUUGAGUUUCAUUCCAUUCUUCCAGUAGGUAUAUGGUUCUCAGUGAAACAUUUAGAGUAACAUUCUUGUAUGGACUAUGUUUUAGCAUGCAUUUUUAUAGUUUAAUGUAACCUCAGAGAUUGCUACUUUAGUGUGUAAUUCACUUUCAUUGUAUGUUUUUUUUUUUUUUUUUUUUUCGUAGGAUAGAAAUCAUGGUACAAAUAUAAUGUAGGUUCAGCUAUAUUCAUUAUAUGUGAUGUUGCUUUUGUUUACAGUCUAUUGUUCUUGUUUAUGGAGUUAUGCGCACUAGGAGUUAUUAUCUUAUUACGGUGCACGUUUUAUUGAUUCAAAUGUUUGUGAAUGUGGGGCAGCAUACUUGCUUCAACAGUGCUUCGUGUAUUGUUUGAAACACAGCAUGUUAAAAAAGAUGAGGGUUGCAACGUGUGCAUGAUCAACGUGCUGUCUGAUGAAGAUUUGGAAAGUGUUUGUAGAAUACGUAGUUUUAUUUUCCUAUUGUUGGUGUUCAGGAGAUGUGGUGUCAGUAAUGUGAUCUGUGCGAGUCGUGUCCAAGUAACGUACGAGGCGAUGCUAGUUAACGCACUUACUUGUGCAGGGCCGAUACCAGGUGACAGCAAGAGAGGCACAGCAGUUCUUUCCUGCUCUCAAGUGACGGAAGAUAAGAAUCUUGCUCUCUUACCCAUUGACCUUGUUAAAGAGACUCGGUAGCCAGUAUGUAUGUGGCUAUCUUGUGCCACACACAGUUCCAUGAAUGUAGAUGAACACACAGAGUAGUUUCUUGAAGAUGUGUUCACAUACAUGCAUAAUUACAGCAACUCAGCUCCGCUGUACCUUGUUUUUUAACUAGUCAGCCUGGUUCCGUAGUCUAAACAACCAAGUCAGCCGAUUAGAAAAGAAACAACACACUUGGCCUCUUCAAAUAACACAGGUUAUAAGAGUGGAAAUUAAAUUUGCUAUUGGAAUAUAAGAACAUGCAUUUACUUCCUGGCUGGAAACAUGCUUUUAUGUGGCAAGUCUGCAAGUCCGAGUUCAGGUUGCAUCCGUCACCGCUGCCCGACAAGCGAGUGGCUCAUGAAUAACUUGCCAACAGCCUCACCGAGGUGCGGGUGGUUGUCUGUCACUAUCUAACUACAACCGAGGGACAGCUUCACACCUUCGUGGUGAGAGGCUCGCUCUUCAUCUGCUGAGCUGCCGACCCUGCCACAUGUCACAUUGGCUGCUAUAAAUAUUUUAUUAUUUUUAGUGAUGUGCGAGUCUCGGCAUCAUCGAGAACGAGUCGAGACAGAAAUUUUCUCGAUCUCGUCUCGAGAUAAUAUUUUGGCUCGGAAUUUUCGAGAAUUUCGUAAACAAGAAAUAGGUUAGGUAAUAUAAUAUAUUGAGGCAGCAUUUUGCGUUGCGUGUUGAAAUAAUUAACAUAUCUUCAACGUAACGUAGAUCGAAUAAAAUAAAAUAUACUUGUUACGAUAGUAUACACGAUAAAUUAUUAAAAAGUUAAAAACGAACAACUUCCGUUCACAAGUCACUACAUGAAACGGUAAACGUAAACAAUGAAUUGUGCUGUGGUUAUCACAUUAAAUUACAUAAGAAAAUGAUUAUUUUCCGUUAAUAAAACCAACAUUAAAGUUAAAAAUAAAUCAUUUUCGGUAUCAAUAUCAAGCAUCAACGUAAAACGGUACGGUAAAAAAUAAAAAUAUAAACAUGACUGCAGAAUUCUUCCGCGAUUGCAUUUUGUUUUAUGGCCUUAGGUUAUACAUACGGCCAGCAAUAUAUAACAAGCAACAUGAUGUUUAAAUUGCGGUCCGUAUCAAUAGUGACAUAUCGAUAGUGGUGAAUGUUCAGACUUUCAUGAUCAAGUACCGUCCAUGGCUCAAGGAAACUGUAUAGACUAUGGAGUCAAUAACGUAUGUUUACAUACGACAGUAGGCAAAUAAACUGUUGAGUGUAAAGGUAAAGUUGUAAUUGCAAUUGCAAUUGUGGAUACUUGAUAAAAUUAUUGAAUAAUUAUGUAUGUUUGUCAGAUUAUUGAGUUUUACUUUUUUGGAUCAUAUUAUCCUGUUAACUAAAGUACAGAUUUCUCGAUCUCGACUCGAUUCUCGAGAAUUUUUAAAUUGCUUUCUCGAUCUCGUCUUGAAUUCAAAAAAGUCUUUCUCGCACAUGCCUAAUUAUUUUAAAAGUGCUUCAUCAUAAGAACAUUUGUAUACAUUUAGUGUAGUAGCCAGUUGUUACCAGUUGAGAAGGUAUAGCAGUAGCCCCCAGUAGUGUGUUUGCUCGCUACUGAGACGUGCUAUGUCAAGAGAGAGGCUGACGUUAGUCUCAAACAUUUUGACCGAGAAUGCCGUAAAACUUUAUUCUUUUAUUUUCUGAGUAAAAUUUCUUUCAUUCCAGCUUUUAAAAAUAAAGAUGAAAUUGUGUUAGUUGGAAAAUGGAAUUUGCAGAAUAGUUGAGUGUAAAGUCUGCAUGUGAAACUAGAAUUUUCUACCAGUUUAUAAAUAAAAUCACACAUGCGAAAGAAUAAAACUUUCUUGUUACAUUUUUAAAAUUAAAUUUGUUUUUUUUUCUGACAUGUUUGUACGGUGUAUUUGUUUCUUGUUCACAGAGGCAAGAUUGUGUGUUUGUAAUUUUAUCAGUUUCGAAUAUAUUCCUGUAUCUAUUAUUAAUGCUGUGUAAGACAUUUUAAUUGUUCGCUGGUUUACAGUUUUAAAACAUUACUUUAAGUGAACAAAUAUGAAUUAAUAUUUUAUUUGUUUGAAAAGUAGUAUUGUUGAUGUUAAAAUAUUGUUUAGGUGUUCAUCACGUCUGUAGAAAUGAAGAAAUUGACAUUAAGUAUUUUAAUUAGUAUUCAUUGCCGAUAUUCAAUACAAGCCAAGUAACUGUUUCAAUUAUUAUUCCUGACUCAAAUACUGUCUUUCAAUAUUACUAACUUCUAAGGAUUUAAUAAAUUGUGAAACAUGUAUGCCAUAGUAUAGAGUAUUGUUUAUGUAGCACAACAUAAAAGUUUUACUGCUACAAUACUUAUUAAAUUGGUAGUACUGUUUGUUGGUUAGAAAGUUAUGAUUUCUGACUGUUAAGCAUGUUAAAGGCCAACUAUGAAAACCAAGUAUGUUUUACUAUGUUAUAAAACAAAGCCCAUUAAAAUUGUAGACUUUAAAGAAAAAAUUAAAUUAUAAUUGAAAGGUCAAAUACAUUAACAAGUGCCAAUAAUGCUGAACUAGUAAAUGAGAUUUACUAUUGCCAUCACGAUCUGAAAGCCAGCAGUGAUUAGCUAUUUUCUAUGGUUUUAGGUAGUUUAAGUUUUUGGCUUGUGCUAAGAGCAUACUUGUCUAUUCUGUGUUGUUGAAUUAUGUCAGUUACUAAUUAUUAACCCAGGGAAAUGGGGAAAUAAAAUUCAUUAAAAUAAUGAAUAAAGAUAUUAUUAUUUUUAUAAGAACCAAAUACAGAACAGAACACUAUUUUCUUGGCAUAAAACCUAGAACUGCAGAGCCUUAGUUCUAACAGGCACAUUGAGUGAUGGAAUUUCUCCACAAAUUACUAAGUCCAUGGUGAUCACUGAAACAAUAUAAUAUAACAACAUUGAGUUUAUCAGUUGUUCUGGCCGUUCAACACGCAAUCUUGCCUUUUAUGUGAUUAUAAACUAUCCACUAUGAGCGCCAUUAUCAAAUAUUAGCUGUUCUAUGUACUUGUUUCAAGACUUGCUAUACUAGACCAUAUUCUUGCCUGUACGUGUAACUUUGUUUUGAAAAAUAAUAAGUCUUCAUAUGU